AUGUCCCAGGAAGGGAAGGUACCAAUAUUUUUCACCGACAUAUUCACUUUGUAUGGUAUGUGGAAGAAUGUUACAAUACCAAGGUCGACUGCUGCCUUUGUUACCUUCACCCUACUUUUUAGCAACAACUGUUUCGGGGAGAAUCCUUUCGUAGCAUUCAUCGGGCAUGGAUCCCUGCAACUAGCUGCUUCAUACUCUGCUCAUGUUGUUGGAAAUAGAUUUGGAAGGCGGAUAACACACUGCCUCGUGCUAUUGGCUGCUGGUUUGUUGUGCAUCAUCCUCAUAUGCUUAACCGCAGCACACUCAACCCAGUGGAUCAUAACUACACUUUCUCUUGCGCUACUCUUCUGCUGUGACUGCUCAUAUUUACUCACAAAUAUACAGAGCUUGGAAUUGCAUCCAACGAGUUUACGACAGAUAGGCAUCGCAAUUGAAUACGUCUUUGUUCAAUGCAGUAUGAGUGUUCCACCUUACGUUGCUCACUUGGGUAAGACUGCUGGAAUGCAUAUCGCUUUCGUCAUACUUGCGGCCGUGACCCUGAUUAUGUCUGUUUUGAUGUCAUUUGUGCCGGAGUCUUUUAAUGAGAAGUUUCCAGAGACAAAACAAGAUAUUUCACUCUUUGGAACGAAGCAGAAGUACUGGAGUAUUCCAGCUGGAAGUCAAAUGUAUCAGAGAGAACGCCAAUGUAGGAUAUAUUGA